CUCCCCGCGCACAGCUGACGCUCCGACAGCCCGCGAAGCUUCGAGCAUUUGUUGUUCGCCGUUGUUGUUGCGUUUGAGGGCGAAAAAACGAGGAAAGCGAGGAAAGCCACUGGCGCGGAAUAACAAUUAGGGAAAUGGCAUAAUUACCCCGACGUGGCUGCGGAAAAUAGUUAAGUGCGCCAGUAGCUGCCGCGGCAACCACCAACACAUGCGCGGCUGGCCCAGCCAGCUGGUGACGUCAUCGCUUCUGCUGGCCCGCCCCCGGCCACGCCUCCUGCCGCCGCCGCCCCGCCCCCCGAGCACCAUGAGCCAGUGCCGGCAAAUCAGCCAAACACCGAGGGACAGCCUAGCAACGCCGAAGGCAUUAAGCAAAAAGCAUUUGUUUGCGGAGCAGCGCAGCAUGUCGGCCAACUCUGGCCAGGAUGCGGGCCAUGUGCUGCCGCCCGGCCAUCCGGAGAUCACGCCGCAGCAGCGGCUGGCCGUCGAGGAGCGCCAGCGCCAGGCGUUCGCCUUCUUCAGCCACACGCUGCAGUUGUACGGCGUCGAGGAGCUGAUCUUCUGCUUCAACGGCGGCAAGGACUGCACCGUGCUGCUGGACCUGCUCAUGCGCUUCCUGCGCCAGGAGAACAUCUCCAGCGGCGACAUUCCCAUGCUGUACAUCAAGUCCGGGGACUCGUUCGCCGAAAUCGACGAGUUCGUCGGGCGCUGCGUGCGAAACUACCGCGUGGAGCUGGUGCAGUACGAGGGCUCGCUGAAGGAGGCCCUCACCCACAUGUCCGCCGACAUGCCGCGCAUCCGGGCCGUCUUCGUGGGCAGCCGCAACACGGACCCCUACUGCCAGCACCUGGCGCCCAUGCAGCCCACGGACAACGACUGGCCGCCGAUGAUGCGUCUGAACCCGCUGCUGGAGUGGAGCUACCACGACGUCUGGCACUACAUCCACCUGAACGCGGUGCCCUACUGCAGCCUGUACGACCGGGGCUACACCUCGCUCGGCAGCCGCUCCAACACGAUUCCCAACCCGCACCUCCGACGCCCCGACGCGCAGUGCGCCUGUGAUUCCGGCUCCCAACCGGCCUGCUCCUGCGACCCGGGCGGCUUUCGGCCCGCCUGGGAGCUGGAGGACCCCGCCCUGGAGCGUGCUGGCCGCCUGCCCAGGAAGUAGGGCGCCUGGGACUCGGGUCCCCGGGCAAAUCGCAGUGCCUGUCGCACGGCUGUAGUGCAAUUGUAUAGCUUAAACUCUAGUUAGUCACAAACUGUAUAUAGGGGAUAUGUAUAUUCGCGUGUGAUGAUUGGUUUUCGGUACACAAACUUAAUCUAAUAAUACUUUUUACGACCUAAGCUAGGCUGCCGAAUAAACGUGGGCUCUGUCAUCGGACCACCCAAGCAGGGCUCACUGUCUUUGUGGCGUGGGCUCGAGUGCGGGGGUGCGUUUGGGAUCUACUUUAGUGGUUUUGGAAAGCCAAAGAAACGAAAAAACCCAUCCAAAUGCCGAAAAAACCAGAUUUAGGCUUACUUUCUUUGUACUUAUUUUCCAUUUUUUGUUUAACCUUCAGAAAUAGCUGAAUUUUUGUUCUUAUAGGUAUUUAAAAUACACUAUAAACUAACUUAAAUAACUAGUUUAAAUACACCACAGAAAUAUAUUGGAGCAAACAUA